AUGAUCCCUCUAUCAGAGGUCCAAGCCUCAAACGCCCAAAUCGCCAACACAUUCCCUCCAGGCCUCGUUGCCGUCUUCGUAGGCGCAACAAACGGCAUCGGCGAAGCAGCUCUUAAAGAAUUCGCUCGCUCAGCUCGCUCCCCACGCGCCUACUUCGUCGGCCGCUCCGAAGAAGCGGCUGCCCGCAUCACGGCCGAAUGCCGACAACUGAACCCACAAGGAGAUUUCAUCUUCAUAAAGGCGGACAUCAGUCUAAUCAAAAAUGUUGACGUUGUCACCCGCGAAAUCCAAUCCAAAGAAAAGAGUAUCAAUCUCCUCUUCCUUAGCUGUGGGACUCUGCGUUCCGGUGAAGACACCUCUGAAGGCCUACAUACCAUCCUAGCAGCCGCCUACUACGCCCGCACACGCUUCAUCCUCAAUCUGCUACCAGAACUAAAGCGCGCAACACACCUACGCCGCGUCGUCUCCGUCCUGGCCGGGACGCACGAAGGCCCCGUCGACGAAACCGACUUCCAAGUCAGGAACAUGUCGAUGCUCAAGCGGCGCGGGCAGUCAGUCUCCAUGACUGACUUGGCGCUGGAGACGCUGGCUGAGAAAGCGCCCGAAGUCACUUUUGUCCACAAUUACCCCGGUGUCGUGAAGACGGGGAUCGCGCGUGAGGCGAAUUCGGUGGUUGGGUGGGUUUUAUUCCUCGUGAUGAGCGUUAUCGGGCCGCUGCUUUAUAUACCUAUUCGCGAGUCUGGGGAGAGGCAUUUGUUCUUUGCGACGAGUGCGAUUUAUCCUCCCCGUACGGGAGAUGCGGUUGGUGUGAAGCUGGAUGGCGGGAAGAUUACCAAGGGGACGGAUGGGGUUGCUGGUAGUGGGGUUUAUAGUGUGGGUUGGAAGGGGGAGGCUGCUGGGGAGGGGGAGGUGAAGUUGUUGGCUGGGUUGAGGGAGAAGGGGAUGAAGGAGAAGGUUUGGGAGCAUACUCUUGGGGAGUUUGAGAGGAUUACUGGGUCGAGGGGGAGUAGAUUGAGGGUUGCGUGUUGA